AUUCUAAGCUAACUCUAAUUAAUAAUGGAUAGAAUCAGGUCAGUCCUUAGUAGUAAGGAUCCUAAAGAUACUUCCAUCGUGGAAGAAAAAGUCCUCAAUGAUGAUUUCGAAGCUGAUAAGAAAAUCGAUCUUGAACUUGUUGUUUCCAAGUCCCAAGAAUUCGAUCCAGUCACAUCCCACUUAAUCAAUGAUAUUAUGAGCGAUGAUUACGCUCAAGUGACUGUCGAAGAUGAUUCUCCAUAUCCUGAAGUUAGAGCUGCUGUUCCUUCUACUGAUGAUUUUACCAUGCCUCAAAACACCAUCAGAGCUUGGACUAUUGGUCUUAUCUUGACCACUAUUGGUUGUGGUAUGAAUAUGUUGUUCAGUUUCCACUCUCCUUCUUUCGUGGUUACCACUUUUGUUACUUCCAUUUUAGCUUGGCCUAUUGGUAGAUUCUGGGCUUGGGUUGUUCCUGAUGUCAAAAUCUUUGGUGUUUCUCUUAACCCUGGUCCAUUCAACAUCAAAGAACAUACCAUUAUUACCAUUAUGGCUAAUGUUUCCUUUGGUGGUGGUGCUGCUUAUGCUACUGAUAUUCUUUUAGCUCAAAACAGAUUCUACAACUCUGAUUUCGGUUGGGGUUUUGAUCUUUUAGCUAUUUGGUCUACUCAAUGUAUUGGUUUUGCUUUAGGUGGUGUUGCUAGAAGAGUUGUUGUCUACCCAGCUGGUGCUAUUUGGCCAUCAAACUUGGUUACUGCUACUUUCUUAACCAACAUGCACAUCAACGAAAACCACCCUGCUAAUGGCUGGAAGAUCUCUAGAUUGAUGUUUUUCUGUGUUGUGUUCACUUGUUCUUUUGUUUGGUACUGGUUCCCAGGUUUCAUUUUCCAAGCCUUGUCCUACUUUUCCUGGAUUACUUGGAUUAAGCCAAACAAUGUUAUCAUUAACCAAAUUUUCGGUUCUAGUUCCGGUUUAGGUAUGUUCCCAAACAACAUUGCUUUAGAUUGGAAUCAAAUUGCUGGUUAUAUUGGUUCUCCAUUGAUUCCACCCGCAGGUACUAUUGCCACCAUUUUCCUUUCUAUUGUUGUUAUUUUCUGGGUCAUUGUUCCAGCCCUCCACUACUCCAACGUUUGGUACGCUCAAUACUUGCCAAUCUCAUCUUCUGGUUCUUAUGACAGAUUCCAACAAUCUUAUAACGUCAGUCGUAUUAUUGAUCCAAAGACCUUGACUUUUGACUUAAAGGCAUACCAAAACUAUUCGCCAUUAUUCUUAUCCACCACCUUUGCCAUUUCUUAUGGUUUAUCCUUUGCAUCCAUCUUGGCUACUUUGUCCCACACUGCUUUAUUCCAUGGCCGUGAAAUUUGGCAACAAAUUAAAUUAAAGGAAAAGCCAGAUGUUCACAUGAGAUUGAUGAAGAAGUAUAAGGAAGUCCCAGAUUGGUGGUUUAUGAUUGUUUUCUUGGUCUUCUUUGGUUUAUCCAUUGCUACUGUCCGUGCCUGGCCAACUGAAAUGCCAAUUUGGUGUUUGAUUGUUGCAUUAUUAAUUGCUAUUGUUUUCUUAUUACCAGUUGCCAUCAUCUUCGCCAGAACCAAUAUUGCCGUUGGUUUGAAUGUUGUUACCGAAUUCAUCAUUGGUUACAUGUUGCCAGGUAAGCCACUUGCUAUGAUGUUCUUCAAGACCUUUGGUUAUAUUACUAAUAAUCAAGCUGUUACUUUUGCUCAAGAUAUGAAGUUAGGUCACUACAUGAAGAUUGCCCCUCGUAUUUUGUUCUGGGCCCAAUUAGUUGCUACAAUUUGGGGUUCCUUAGUUCAAAUUGCUGUUUUGAGAUGGUCUUAUGGUAACAUUGACAACUUGUGUGCUGCAGAUAACGCUCAACACUACACCUGUCCAAACGGUAGAGUCUUCUUCAAUGCCAGUAUCAUUUGGGGUGUCAUUGGUCCACAACGUCAAUUCUCCCAAGGUCAAAUCUACUACGGUUUACUUUUCUUCUUCAUUAUUGGUUUAUUCACUCCAGUUAUUAACUGGUUGGUUCUUAAGAAGUGGCCAAACUCCCCAAUCAAGUACUUGCACUGGCCAGUCUUCUUCAGUGGUACUGGUUACAUUCCACCAGCCACUCCAUACAACUAUACCAGUUUCUGUGCCGUUGGUCUUACCUUCGGUUGGUGGAUUAAGAAGAAGUGGUUCCACUGGUGGACCAAAUACAACUACUCCCUUUCAGCCGGGUUAGAUAUCGGGUUGGCUUGGUGUACUUUGUUCAUCUUCUUGUGUUUGAGUUUAACAAACACCAAUGCUCCAAGUUGGUGGGGUAACAAUGUUAUCAACACUUUGGAUUUCAAUGUUGAUACUAAUGUCAGAGUUAUCUUACCUGAAGGACAAGCUUUUGGACCAACUAGUUGGUAAAGAGUUUUAUUUUUAUAGUUUAUGUAAUAAUUUAAUGUAUUGAAUAAUAAGACGUGUACAUAGUGUAUGACUGAAAGUUUGUUAGAAUCAUGGAUGCUUAAGUUAAUAGGAGUGUAAAUUUAUAAGUGAAAUGGGUUCAUCAUUUAUAGCUUACGUUAUGUCAUUGCCAUGUAUCUGAUUGGUCUUUAGGAGUAUUCAAUUAAUUUGCAGACAUUUUGCCACAUCCUGCACACUAGUCAUCGUAUACUGGUGAUAGGGGCUCGCUCAGAAUACGAGCUGUGCCUUAAUGCAAGUUAAAAGUUUUGACAGCAAUCAAAAGGAACAAUAUGUAC